AUCAGACUGCUCGCAGUGCCACCAAUAUGCUCGACUGUACGUUAUUAAAUAUAACCAGAAGAUAUAGGAUUUUAUUUUAACACCAUCCUGCACAGACCGGUCGGGGCUGGCACUCAUCCACACAACUUUCUGCCGAGUCAUCGGGACAGACACGCACCUCCGCCCCGGGACUCAGCUCAUCUUCGUCGGCAGCGCAGACAGGACUGAUAUGUCAGGUGCGGUGAAGGAUGAAACGAGAGCACCGGGUGAUCGUCAGAGGUCUGAAACGAUCCACGUCGCCGUCAAAAGUCUCACGGAGAGCAAAGACUUCGCAGUUAGAAGAGACUGUAUCGUCAGACAGCUGAAAUGGGCUCUCGCAGAGCGCCUGGGAGUCCCAGCAGAGCAUCUGGAGCUGAUCCACAGAGGCCGCGUCCUCAGAGAGUCAGAACUCCUGAGUCACCUUAAAGCUCAAGAUGAGACAGUCAGCCUCUGCAUGAUCCAAAGACUUCAGCAUCCGUCUGCUGCUCCCACCUGUGAUCAAGCUUCAGGAAGAGUCGAGUCGGAGCUCACAGCCUGUCUCGAUCCUGAACCUGAUUUCACACCGUCUCCCACCUCUCCCCUUUGUCUGGUGGAAGGUCUUGACAGUCUUGGCCUAACCAACAGCAGGUCUGGCUUCUUCCCUGCACUCCAGUGCCAGAUGGAGAGCCAGCUGUUGGCCGACUCACAGAUGAUGCACCGUGUCCUGAGCAGCCCCUUCGUGCAGAGCACCCUCUCCAACUCCAGCCCUCAACUCACCAGACAGCUCAUUCUGUCUAAUCCCCAAAUUCAACAGCUCCUGCAGACAAACCCAGAGGUGGAAGAUAUACUGAACAAUGCAGAUAUCAUCACACAGGUGAUUGAGCUCAUCAGAAACCCUGACAUGAUAGAGGAAAUUAUGCAUGAUGAAGACAGAGCAUUAAACAAUUUGCAGCCAGAACAGGAAAACCCUGAAACCAGCACUGGUGGUUCAGAUGUCUUUCAAGACAAAGAGACACAAAGUCUCAAAUUACCACAGAUACAGAUUGGAGCAGUCCCAGUGGGGACUACAUCAUCUGGGAAUCAACACAAGGCUGAAAAUGAAAGCAAAGAGACUCCACUGACCACCACCCCCAGAGCUGAUCCAAACCCUCACAGCAUGCAGUCACUGUUAGAGGAGAUCACGGCCAGUCCAGGACUGAUUGAGAGCCUGCUGUCUGGGCCAUAUGUCAGCAGUCUCCUCAACUGCCUGAGCCAGAACCCUGACCUGGCUGCACAGAUGCUGCUGAGCCACCCUUUGUUCUCAGGAAAUCCUCAGCUACAGCAGCAGAUAAGACAGCAGAUCCCUCUCUUUCUGCAACAGAUGCAGAGUCCUGAGCUGCUGACCGCCAUGUUGAACCCCAGAGCCAUGGAGGCCCUGCUACACAUCCAACAGGGCCUACAGACUCUGGCUGCAGAGGUUCCUGCACUGAUACCUACAGACAGUGUUAAUGUUGCCCCUGAGCUAGCAUCUGAUGUCCGUAACAGCCAGUCAGGAAGUGGACCAACAGUGACUGAGCAGCAGCAGCAGUUUGUACAGCAGAUGCUACAGGCGCUGGCUAACACCAAUCAGAGGGUCCAUGUUGAGCAGAACGAGUUCCAGGAAGAGCUGGAUCAUUUGAGCUCAAUGGGCUUCAGAGAUCGAGAGAAAAACCUUCAGGCCCUCAUCAGUUCUGGAGGAGACCUUACCACGGCUUUACAACAUCUGCUCAGUCUCUGACUGACACACACACAUACAGAUGUGGAUCUGUAGUCAUAUACAUAUUA